CCUCCACAUCAGCUUCGGUCACCACCUUAUCCUCCUCCAUUUCCAGAUUUCUUUUAGCAGAACUAAACUGACGCUAUGUUCUUCGAAGCAGCAGCAACCUCAAGUUUCCAAGAUUGACUUCCUCCAGCUUUGUUACUUCCUUUUGGCCAAUUAACCACAUAAUGACUCCAUGAUGAGUUCGAUGACAACAGUCGCCAAAGUUGACCAAAAUAACAUUUUCAGAUCUGCAGACAUCUUGCUCCAUUAAUGGAUUCAUUUCCUGAGAAAAGUUCAAGCCGCCUUAGCAAUCUGAUGAGUUGUUUCCCAUUUCGAAUCUAGUAAAGGGCUUUGCAACGUUAUAAAUAGGGGAUUGUAGACCAAUCAAAUUAUCAAAAUCAUAGUAGAAAGCAACAAGAAAUUAAGAGAUGGCAACAAGAGUGAAUGGUGCAGAUAGUCUCUACAGCUAUAGCAAAUACUCUUCUUUUCAGAGAAAUGCUAUAGAUGCUGCCAAGGAACUGAUCAAAGAGGCAGUUUUCGACAAGCUUGACAUCGAAAGCUUCUCAUCCUCCAACACCUUCCGAGUUACAGAUUUAGGCUGCGCUAUGGGGCCUAACACAUUCGUAGCUGUGCAAAACAUAAUUGAAGCUGUGGAGGACAAGUACCGAACCCAAGGGCGCAAUUCUGAGGUCCCCGAGUUUCAAGUCUUUUUCAGUGAUCAAGCUGGAAAUGAUUUCAAUCAGCUCUUCCAAUCCCUCCCCCCAGACAGGAACUACUUCGCAAUGGGCGUACCGGGAUCUUUUUACUCUCGCUUGUUUCCCAAGGCACAUCUUCACUUUGUAUACUCUUCAUUUUCUCUGCAAUGUCUCUCUAAAGUGCCUGAGGAAGUGUUGGACAGCAGCUCCCCUGCUUGGAACAAAGGCAGGGUUCAUUACUCGAAUUCUGCACACCAAGUUGUUGAGGCAUAUUCAGCCCAAUAUGCCAAGGACAUGGAGUGCUUUCUAAAUGCUCGAGCACAAGAGAUCGUGGGAGGAGGGUUGAUGGCAUUUGUUGUUCCUGGCCGCCCCAAUGAAACCCCUCAUGCACAUACCUAUUACAACAUGUCACUAGACCUAUUUGGUUCCUGUCUCAUGGACAUGGCUAAGAAGGGUGUCAUUGCCGAAGACAAAGUGGACUCCUUCAAUCUACCAAUAUAUAAUGCUUCUCUCCAAGAAGUGGAAGCCAUUGUGAGAGGCAAUGGGUGUUUUAGCAUAGAGAGAACGGAAAACUUGCCUCAAGCAAAGCCACAGCCCAAUGUGUUUCGCUUAACUGUGAGAGCCGGAAUGGAGCAUAUGAUUCGAGCGCAUUUUGGAGAAGAGAUUUUAGAUGAGUUCUUUGACACGUUUUGCAAGAAAUAUGAAGAAUCCACCUCCGUCUUUGAAUCAGUGAAAGCUAUUAGUUUAUUCGUUUUACUCAAACGCAUAGCUUGCACUGACCAUUGAGUAAUAGACAGAGGAGAUUUUUCUAGUUUAUCCGGUGAAACUUUGCUAUUGUAAUGUGAUCUUACUGUACUAGUAAGUGGUAUUGGUUGUUUCUAUAA